ACUAGUCAUCGUGACGCAAGCAAAAACUGUUAGCAGCCAGGGUGGAAAUGCAUGCUACUUCCUUCUUACAGGAAGGAGUAGGUUUAUAUUGAUAACUCCUAGAAGCAGCCUCCUGGGCUCCUGCCGGUCGUGCUGUGUGGUCCCAGGCCGGUGGGAAGGCAGUGGCCCGGUGCCAGCUGGUGCAGGAUGCUGGGGAGGCUGCUGGGGCGCGGACCCUGGCUGUGGCGGCGGGUGGCUCGGCCGGUCCUGCACCCCACCAGAGCUGCCAGCGACAAAGUAAAGGGCACUCAGGACGCAGCUUUGCAGACGGCUAAUCCAGAUUACAAAGCUUUCAAAAUCGACAGAAGGCCUACAAAUUUUGAUAAAAAGGUGUUAAUAUGGUCAGGACGCUUUAAAAAGGAGGAGGACAUUCCCAAGCACAUAUCGUCUGAGGUCCUCGACGUAGCAAGGAACAACGUCAGGAUAAAGAUUUGCUACAUCAUGAUUGCACUGACCUUGCUGGGCUGUUUGGCCAUGGUAAUCACAGGCAAAGAAGCUGCUAAAAAGGAUCACACGCUGCUGAGGAUGAACAUAGAAAAGAAGGCCAAAUGGAGGGCUGAAGUGGAGAAAGAUGAGGAAGCAGCUAUUGAGAAGCCACAAUGAUUUGGAACAGAUUUACUUUAACAGCUGGAGAUAAAUGAUUUGCACACGUG